AUGACCGGCUCCUGCUGUGGUUCCAGCUGUGGCUCCUGCUGCGGCUCUUGCUGCGCUCCCAGCUGCGGGGGAGGCUGCUGCCAGCCCUGCUGCCAGCCCUGCUGCUGCCGCGACCCCUGCUGCUGCCGCCCCGUGUCCUGCCAGACCACCGUGUGCCGCCCCGUCACCUGCGUGCCCCACUGCACGCGCCCCAUCUGCGAGCCAUGCCGCCGCCCCGUCUGCUGUGACCCGUGCUCCCUGCAGGCCGGCUGCUGCCGCCCCAUCACCUGCUGCCCCACGUCGUGCACGGCCGUGGUGUGCCGGCCCUGCUGCUGGGCCUCCACGUGCUGCCAGCCCAUCUCGGUGCAGGCGCCCUGCUGCCGCCCGCCCUUCUGCCAGCCGGCCCCCUGCCGCACCACCUGCAGGACCUCAGAGCCCUGCUGCUGCUGCUGCUGA